AUGGCGACCGGUGAGAGGCGAUCAAAUCUCAGGUUGCUCAGGACGUCAUUGAUUCUGGACCAAGGCGACACACGCACUCGCCAUGGAGACUGUCUCAGACUGUGUACUUACAACGCGAGAACAGUUUCCACAGACGCCGACCUGCAUGCCCUUCUCGGAGCUGCAGAGCGUAUCAAAUUUCACGUGAUUGCUCUGCAGGAGACCAAGUGCAGAAGGAGCGACGUACGACAGAUGAAGGACGGUACACUCGUCAUUCGUGGAGAGAAGGUUCCAUCGCGAAAUGUAGGCGGUGUUGGUUUCGUUGUGCACCCAUCUGUCGUCCAUCUCGUCGAUUCUCACGAGAUCCUGUCACCUCGUCUGGCCAUUCUUCGCCUCCGCCUGUGGCAAAAAUCCAUCAGUAUCAUCAACUGCUAUUCACCAACAUCAGCAGCUGAUGAUUCCGAAUUGGACGCGUUUUACGAGGAGCUGGAGGAAGUAGUCCACAACGAGAAGUCCUUUUACAAAUUCGUUGUCGGAGACUUCAACGCAAAACUAGGAAAGGCCACAGAAGAGGAAUACAGGAUUGGAAGAUUUGGACUAGGGGACCGGAAUGAAAAUGGCAAUCGUCUCGCCGGACUGUUGUCCGCCGCUCGCCUCUUUCAUGGGAACUCUCUUUUCAUGAAAAAAGAUCAUCGUCGGUGGACAUGGGAAUCGCCCAAUGGCGCGACUCGUGCGGAGAUCGACCACAUACUCACCAACCGGAGGUGGUGUCUACUUGACGUCUCAGUAGUACCAUCCUUUUGUAGUGGUUCUGAUCACCGUCUCCUUCGUGCGAAAAUACGACUUAGCCACACGAUGGAAAAGAACAUCUGCUAUUGGCAACAAAGGAGAAAAGAAGUCGUCUACGACGAUUGCGUACUCGAGGACUCCUUGUCCCAAGGUGACCGGCACAUCGAGGAGGACCCAAACGUGGACUACGAGAUGCUGCUCAGAGGAUUACGAGCCUGUGCUGAACGUGCCUCGAAGUCGCGCACGACAAACUUGGAUCGAAUUUCGAAGACCACCAAGGAAUUGUUAGGAAGAAGAAGGGCUUUGAGGCUUGAUCCGAAUGCAUCGCACAUUGAGCGGUUAGUAGCAAACACUAGCUGCAGAAAAGCGUUGCAGGAGGAUCUUUUGAAGUACAGGCAGAAGAAGAUUCUAGAAGCAGCACAAAGAAGAACGAGUCUAAAGAAGUGCCGCAGGGAUCUCCGCGAAUAUAAUAUUCCGCUAGCAACCUUGCUGAGCGAAGACGGGACUCGCACGUCUUCUCGUCGUGAGAUGGAAAUCAUUACGGAGAGGUUCUCCUCGAACCUUUUCCGUUCAUCAACUCCUGUGUCAAGCCCAAUCAUCCUCACUGGCGAAGCUCCACCACGGAUUCUCCCUUCGGAAGUACGAGUCGCUAUCAAGAGCAUGAAACCUGGCACAGCCCCCGGACCUGAUUUUAUAUCAACAGACUUUCUUCGGGCUGGUGGCCAUCCGCUUCAUGUAAUCUUAGCAGCGCACAUGACAUCCUACCUUCAGAAAGAAAGGAUCCCAGACCAGUGGAAGACCUCGCGAACCGUUCUUAUCCAUAAGAAAGGUGAUCGAGAGGACCUUCGGAACUACUGUCCGAUAUGCUUGCUGAGCGUGUUAUACAAAGUAUUCACCAAGAUCAUCCUCGCACGCAUAUCUAGGACGCUGGAUGAAGCCCAGCCUCAAGAACAAGCUGGAUUCCGCCAAGGCUUCAGCUGCUUGGACCACAUCCAGACCGUGUCGAGAGUCAUAGAGGUUUGCCGGGAAUACCGCCUGCCUCUUGUUCUAACCUUCGUCGACUAUGAGAAAGCCUUUGACAGCGUAGAAACGAAUGCAAUACUGUCAGCGCUGGUCGAUCAAGGUGUGGACGCGUCGUAUGUGAGGACAUUAGCCAAUUGCUACGAACGAUGCACGACUAGGAUACAGCUUUUCCACCGCCCUCUCGCCAUACCCAUUGGAAAGGGGAUACGACAAGGCGAUACUAUAUCGCCGAAGUUUUACGGGUGCAUUGCAAUGGACAAUGAAAUCACUAUCCUGGGAAGAAAGGGGCAUACGUGUUGA